AUGUCGGUCAAAGAGGAACAAACACAGGAAGUAAAAUUGGAAUCACCAGAAAACUCAGACGGCUAUGACAGCGAUUUAGAAGACGCCACUGAAAGAGAUACAAGGCUCAGAAAACUGUUGAAUUUGGACUUGGAAGAAGCGGAUAAAAAAGUUUGGUUGGUUAGAUUGCCGAAGUUCCUAGCCGACAAAUGGAAGGACCCGAAAAACUUGAAUGGACAAGAGUUGGGGAAGUUGCGCAUUACUCAAGCUCCUGCCAGUGUGAAUGUGAAAGAAAGACCUUCACCUCAGGUUCAGAUUAUAUUGAAUGACUCUUCUGAGAAUAAAGAACUUCCCUUACGAUACGAUGUCAAUAUUCAUAAGAGAGUAGUCGAUAAUGAAUACAUUUUUAGUGAACGGAAUUUGAAAGAGUACAAAACAGAGGCCAAUGAGAUAGCUAGUAUGCCUGAACAGCCUGAAUUGAAGCCUGUUGAGACGGAGAUUGACCCAGAACCCCCUAGAGGAUUCAAACGGUACAGAGAUGAAUCGAAGAGUUAUGUUUCCUACGUCAAGACAAUCCCUAAAGACACAGCUAUUGUGGGUACUGUAAUUCAUGAGUGUCAAGCGAUUCCAGUCAGAAAUGAUAGAAAUUACUCUAAAGUUGUGGAAUCUCGUAAAAACUUGCGAUACGUUAAACCCAAAAGUAAAGUCACAUUGCUGGAUAACCUACCUGGAGUUAUCCAGAGUAACAUAACACCGAACUUGAUGCGUAAUAAGAAUUCGACCUUCUUACGUUCAGAAAAGAAAGAUCGUCGGGCGGAAGGUAGAGCCAUCAGAAUGCCUCAGAACCAGCUACUGGAUGUAUUAUUUGGACUAUUUGACCAGUAUGAAUACUGGACUUUGAAAGGGUUGAGAGAGAAGACCUCGCAGCCAGAGGCUUAUUUGAAGGAGGUUUUGGAGAGUGUAGCAGAGUUAAACAAGAAGGGACCUUACGCUUUGCGGUACUCCUUGAAACCUGAAUACAAGAAACUGCGAGACGCCGAACGACGGGCCCGUCUUCUGGCUAGUGGACAAGCUGCUCCAGAUAAGAAUGACUACGAUGAUGAUGAAGAGGAGAAUGUUGAGAUGGUUGAGAUAGCUUGA